AUGCUCCGGGGCGGCUGGGGAGAGCAUCGCGAUGCUCUGGGGCGUCCGGGGAGAGCAUCGCGACGCUCUGGGGCGUCCGUGGAGAGCAUCGCGGCGCUCUGGGGGGUCCGGGGAGAGCAUCGCGACGCUCUGGGGCGGCUGGGGAGAGCAUCGCGACGCUCUAGGGCGUCCCGGGAGAGCAUCGGGCGUCCGGGGAGAGCAUCGCGACGCUCUGGGGCGUCCGGGGAGAGCAUAGCGACGCUCUGGGGCGUCCCGGGAGAGAAUCGCUACGCUCUGGGGCGUCCGGGGAAAGCAUCCCGACGCUCUGGGCCGUCCGGGGAGAGCAUCACGACGCUCUGGGGCGGCUGGGGAGAGCAUCGCGAUGCUCCGGGGCGGCUGGGGAGAGCAUCACGAUGCUCUGGGGCGUCCGGGGAGAGCAUCGCGACGCUCAAGGGCGUCCGGGAGAGCAUCGCGAUGCUCUGGGGCGUCCGGGGAGAGCAUCGCGACUCUGGGGCGUCCGGGGAGAGCAUCGCGAUGCUCUGGGGCGUCCGGGGAGAGCAUCGCGACUCUGGGGCGUUCGGAGAGAGCAUCGCGACGCUCUGGGCCGUCCGGGGAGAGCAUCGCGACGCUCUGGGGCGUCCGGGGAGAGCAUCGCGAUGCUCUGGGGCGUCCGGGGAGAGCAUCGCGACGCUUUGGGGCGUCCGGGGAGAGCAUCGCGAUGCUCCAGGGCGGCUGGGGAGAGCAUCACGAUGCUCUGGGGCGUCCGGGGAGAGCAUCGCGACGCUCUGGGGCGUCCGGGGAGAGCAUCGCGAUGCUCUAAGGCGUCCGGGGAGAGCAUCGCGAUGCUCUGGGGCGUCCGAGGAGAGCAUCGCGACGCUCUGGGGCGUCCGGGGAGACCAUAGCUACGCUCUGGGGCGUCCGGGGAGAGCAUCGCGAUGCUCUGGGGCGUCCAGGGAGAGCAUCGCGACGCUCUGGGGCGUCCGGGGAGAGCAUAGCGAUGCUCCGGGGCGUCCGGGCAUCGCGACGCUCUGGGGCGUCGGGGGAGAGCAUCGCGACGCUCUGGGGCGUCCGGGGAGAGCAUCGCGACACUCUGGGGCGUCCGGGGAGAGCAUCGCGACGCUCUGGGGCGGCUGGGGAGAGCAUCGCGUCGCUCUGGGGCGUCCGGGUAGAGCAUCGCGACGCUCUGGGGCGUCCGGAAAGAGCAUCGCGACGCUCUGGGGCGUUCGGGGAGAGCAUCGCGACGCUCUGGAGCGUCCGACGAGAGCAUCGCGACGCUCUGGGGCGUCCGGGGAGAGCAUCGCGGCGCUCUGGGGCGUCCGGGGAGAGCAUCGCGACGCUCUGGGGCGUCCGAGGCGAGCAUCGCGACGCUCUGGGGCGUCCGGGGAGAGCAUCGCGGCGCUCAGGGGCGUCCGGGGAGAGCAUCGCGGCGCUCUGGGGCGUCCGGGGAGAGCAUCGCGACGCUCUGGUGCGUCCGGGGAGAGCAUAGCGACGCUCUGGGGCGUCCGGGGAGAGCAUCGCGACGCUCUGGGGCGUCCGGGGAGAGCAUCGCGGCGCUCUGGGGCGUCCGGGGAGAGCAUCGUGACGCUCUGUGGCGUCCGGGGAGAGCAGCGCGACGCUUUGGGGCGUCCGGGGAGAGCAUCGCGACGCUCUGGGGCGUCCGGGGAGAGCAUCGCGACGCUCUGGGGCGUCCGGGUAGAGCAUCGCGACGCUCUGGGGCGUCCGGGGAGAGCAUCGCGACGCUCUGGGGCGUUCGGGGAGAGCAUCGCGACGCUCUGGGGCAUCCGGGGAGAGCAUCGCGACGCUCUGGGGCGGUUGGGGAGAGCAUCGCGACGCUCUGGGGCGUCCGGGUAG